AUGCAGCCCACAAGAGCGCUGUUAAAGCGUUCCGUUUGGAAGGGCCCAAACCUCGUCCCUCUCUCCAUCGUCUGGCCCAAGGGACCCAACGACAAAGUCCCUCCCGUCCGAACACAAGCCCGCUCGGCGACUAUCCUGCCCAACUUUGUCGGCCUAAAGUUUGAGAUUCACAAUGGCAAGGACUAUCUGCAGGUGCAGAUAACGGAGGACAUGGUGGGGCACAAGCUCGGUGAAUUUGCGCCGACGCGGAAACCGAAUAUCUGGGACAGGAAAUAG